UAGGGUUUUGGCGAGAAGACAAUGCGUGGCGCUGCCGCGCAGAUCUGAGGCGCUGAGCUGAAUCCGCCGGCGUCGCGCUCCCGAGAUCUCUCGUCGGCGCCUUCGGAUCGAGGUAAAGAUGGUUUUGGUGGCGGCGGUGCGGGAUUAUGUGAGCAAGAUGCUGAGCGACAUUGCGGGGAUGAAGGUGUUUGUCCUCGACGCGCAAACGCUAGCAAUUGUGAGCGUUGCUACAAGCCAGUCUGAAUUGCUCCAGAAAGAAGUUUUCCUCGUGGAAAAGGCUGAAAGCACGUCUUCGGAGCCCAUGACUCACUUGAAAGCAGUAUGCUUUCUACGGCCAACAGCAGAAAAUAUGCAAAACUUGAAGGAGAUCCUCGGCCAACCACGCUUUGGAGAAUACCAUCUAUUUUUCUCAAACAUCCUCAAGACAAAUUUCGUCCAAAACCUCGCGGAUUUUGACCAGCAUGAGGCAGUGCAGCAGGUCCAGGAGUUCUAUGCCGAUUUUAUUGCCCUCGAUCCAUACCAUUUUACUCUCAACACACCUUCUAAUCAUCUCUACAUGGUCCCUCUGCUAUUUGAUCCUACCAAAAUUCAGCCGCUCUGCGAGAGAAUAAUAGAAGGCGUCUCGUCUGUGUUUCUAGCUUUAAAGAAACGCCCUGUUAUUCGCUAUUCUCGCAACUCUGAGAUUGCCAGACGGAUUGCUCAAGACGCAGCCAGGCUAAUGUAUGAACAAGAAGCCGCAUUAUUUGAUUUUAGACGAACGGAGGUUCUGCCACUACUUUUGAUAAUCGACAGAAGGGACGACCCUGUGACGCCUCUUCUAAAUCAAUGGACUUACCAGGCCAUGGUGCACGAGCUGAUUGGAAUACAGGAUAACAAAGUGGAUUUGAGAGAAUACUCACGAGUUCCCAAGGACCAGCAAGAGGUGGUACUAUCUUCUGAGCAAGAUCCAUUUUUUAGGAGCAAUAUGUUCGAAAACUUUGGUGAUCUCGGGAUGAACGUGAAGAAGAUGGUGGACACUUUCCAAUCGCAGCAUAAAAGCAAUCAAAAUAUACAGUCUCUAGAGGAUAUGGCGAGAUUCGUUGAAAAUUAUCCCGAGUUUCGGAAAAUGCAAGGCAAUGUUUCAAAGCACGUAGCUCUUAUGACUGAAAUGAGCAGACUUGUGGAUGAGCGGAAGUUGAUGUCAGUUUCUCAAGCUGAGCAAGAGUUAGCUUGUCAUUCAAGCCAGGCUGCAGCAUGGGAUGAGCUAAAUGCCCAAUGGGAGCUACCAGGCGUGACCGAUGACGAAAAGCUGCGGCUGGCUAUGCUCUACGCCUUGCGGUACGAGAGAGAGAACCCACAGCAGCUGCAAGAACUGGUGGACAGGCUGAAUGCGGGACGUAGCAAAUACAACUCCAACCUGCUAUAUUCCCUCUUAAAGCAAGCGGGUGAAGAAAAACGCACAGGAGAUCUAUUCAGCAACCGGGAUCUCUUCAAUAGAGCUCGGACAAUGGCUCGUGGAUUGAAGGGAGUCGAGAAUGUAUAUACGCAGCACCAACCUUUAGUUUUCCAUUUGAUUGAGAGCAUCGUCAAGGGGCGACUCAAGGACGCAGAUUACCCGUUCGUCGGUAACCACGCUCAGCAAGGCAAGCCACAGGACGUGGUGAUUUUCAUCAUCGGCGGUACUACGUACGCCGAGUCUCGAGUUGUCGCUCUCCAAAACGCUGCCAAUCCAGGGACUCGCGUCCUCCUUGGGGGCACCGUGGUGCACAACUCAAAAAGUUUCUUGAGAGACUUGGAGGAAGUCCAGAGAGUUGGCCGCGCCAGCAUCUACUAACAGGAGAGGUAACGAAUAAGUUUUGCUUCAUUCCUUGGAAGUGUAGUCCCCAGGCAAGCACCCCUUGUGUAUAACACUUCCUUAUUGAGUCAUUUCCUCGAAUAGUAUAACUAAAGGUUGUUCAUCUAAUUACCCUUUUUCAUAUAUAGGCAAAACUAAAUCCAUUUCAGCUUAAGAUAUGGUGGACAAAAAGUUAAAAUAUAAAGUUUCGUGAUAAUGCC